UCCCCCGGCUGCUGCCCCGAUGCGCUGCGCAGAGAGCCGGGGCCGAGUCGCCGCCGCAGCUGCAGGGGCGCCGGGGCCGAGUGACGCCGCCGCCGCCGCGCGGUCGGCUCCCAGGCCCUACCGGCCGCAUGGAGCCCCCAGAGGGCGCCAGCCCGGGAGAGUCACCCGCCCCAUGUGGAGGCUCCACAGAAAUGGCAGCACCUGGCCGGAGCCCCCAGCCGGACAGAGGCCACCCUGCUCACCCACCAGGAUGGGCCACGUGUGCAGAAGAGGAUCAGGACACUCCAGGCUUAGUUAAGGAGGUCGACGUACCACAGGCUGCCCUCAGUGCCCCCAUCCCUGUCACAGGGACCAGUGGCCAGUCUCCUGUGGCUGAGGAGGAGUUGUUGGGCAUCCCAAUACCAGCACCAGGGCUCCUGCAGGUCACGGAAAGGCGGCAGCCGCUGAGCAGUGUCUCCUCCCUGGAGGUGCACUUCGACCUCCUGGACCUCACCGAGCUGACCGACAUGUCUGACCAGGAGCUGGCUGAGGUCUUUGCAGACUCGGAUGACGAGAACAUGGCCAGCGACUCGCAUGCAGGCCUACACCCGCUGCCCCGAGCCAGCUGUCUGCGCUCACCCUCCUGGACGCGCACUAGGGCGGAGCAGAACCGUGAGAAGCAAUCCUUUGGUGACCCUGAGCGACAGCCUGCCAUUGUGGACACGAUUCUUACUGUGGAGAGGCCCAAGGAGGACUAGGCCGGUUGGCCCGGGGCCAAGAUGGGGCACAUCCGGACAGCUGUGGCCACGUGGACACUGCCCACCCUCCCCACUGCGGCUCUGGGCUGGGGUCUCAAGGCACUUCAGCAUAAGCACAGCCCAGUGGCCUUAUAUCAGCUCCUUCCUGGUCCCUGGAUCAGGGACAAGGCCCAGGGAUGAGAGGAGACUUGUCUGCAGGAACAGUGUUAUCAUCUGCCACCAGAAUCCUGGGUGGGGCCAGGGUGAGUGGGGAACUACCAGUGAAAGGGGAUGAACCGCCAUGCCGAACUCCAGCCCACAGGAGUCUGCUGUCCAGCCAGGGAUUGGAUAGGGGAGUGAGUCCCCCAGAUCACCUCUGAUUCCCCACUGCUCCCUGCUGCUGCCCAGGAACACUGUCAGCGCCAGACAACCCCAACAACUUGCUCGUCCUCCUCCCUCCCUGUCAGCCAGACCCACCUUCCUAAGCGCGGAAUGCCAAGUCCAUCAAGAUGGCCUCAGACAGCAGGGCAGGCAGGGCUUACCCAGUCCCCACAGCCCACCAGGCACACAUGCACACACACGUGUACGUCUGUGUCGCUGGCUAGCAUCCCAGUCUGGGAUGCAGCAGUCUGAGGGGGUGGGGACAUGAGCACACCCCCCGAACCUCAAUUCAGAGAUGCCAGGCUUGACUAAUCCCAAUGCUGCUUAUGUGCUGAGGACAGGACCAGCUUCCAGUCUGACAGCAAGUCCAGUCUGCUUUCUGUCCCUAAGGCCACCUGUCCUGACCCCUUCUUCACUGAGACAUUUCUGGGGAAGGAAAAAAGGCUCCUCUGUGGAAGCCUUGGGCACACCCUGCCCGGAAACAGUCGCCUCUGCACCAGCACUGGGGCGACACUGCUACACGGGGGUGAUUUCCAGAUACAACCAAGAGUCUUAAUAGAAAGCAGCCACACCCCACCCACCCUAGGGUCUUCCCUCCAGCCCUCGUCCUUCCUGCUGCAGCUUCCGUGACCUCGUUUCGAAAAAGCGCAAUUAAAACAUCACUCUGUCCUCAGUCUCA